AUGACACUAGGUUGUGGGAACGGAGUUUGCCCACCAAAUGGUGCAUAUGAAGGUGAAGAGAAAUUAGGUAGUUUUGAAUUCGGUUUCAUCGACGACAAGCUUAAUCCUAGGAUUUCGUUCCUAGCCUUGAAUGCACAGUCUAGGUUUGCACAUAAUUGGUUACUAUGUUUCUUGCCAGAAAAUCAGGGUCAGACAUCCUGCGUCUACCUUAUCGUCUCGCCUAAUUCAUCGAAAUCGAACGACUCAACGACGAACAAACUUGCCGUUGCUGCGCCUGCGUCUGCCGUUAGCGAGCCUGCGUCUGCGGUUGCUGCGGCUGUGUCUGCCGUUGCUGCGCCUGCGUCUGCCACCACAUCGAAGUCGAAAUCGAAAUCCCUCAUUUGUAAAUUGCUAGUAGUUCAUUAUACUAGUGAGCUUAAAGUAGAGCAUCAAGCAGAUAGUGUUAAUCAAACACAAGAUCAUGUGCCAAUAGUAGAUUCCGAUGAUGAAGAUUCGGUCAGGAUGUUUGAAUCUGAGUUUGACAAAGAAUGUAAUGAAGAUGACUCUUUGAACAUGCAAAAUGAACUUGAAAGGUACUUAAGUGAACGCAAUGAAGAUAGGAAAAAUAAGAACUUCAAUAUUUUAGAAUGGUGGAAAGUGGCGUCAUCAAAGUAUCAUAUUUUGUCUGCAUUGGUUCGAGAUGUUCUUGCUGUCCAAGUAUCAACAGUGGCUUUGGAGUCCGCUUUUAGCACCGGAGGGAGAGUUCUUGAUUGUUUUCGGAGUUCAUUAAGUUCAUCAAUGGUUGAAACUUUGAUUUGUUGUCAAAAUUGGUUGAGAGCCACGAAUUUGCCGUUAGAUUUGGCUUAUAUUUUGGAAGAGAUGGAUGUUUACGAAAAUAUGGAACCGGAUUCUGGUGAUGAUCAAGAUGAUGAUGAUGAUGGAGCAGAUGAUCGUGUUCAAUCUAUUCCUGCUCAGAAUAUUCUUGCUCAGAAUAUUCCUACUCAGAAUAUUCCUAUUGGGACUCUUGUUGAUGACAUUAAUGACAUAUUUCUUGAAUAUUCAGAACAACAACCUUGUCCAAGUUUACAUUCUUUGUCAUUCAACGUUGAAGAAUGCGAUGAUUACGAUCGUAUACUUCAAGAUCUAUCUGAUGAAGGAGGAGAUGAGGCUAGAAAUAUUUGCAGACCGUUGGUGGUUAAACUUGAUGACCACCUAAGCCUUCUCGGAGCACUCGAGUUAUUGACUAACAUCAAAAUGUCCAAACCCUUACCGCCGGCCAAGGAGGUGUCACCGGAGACGAUUAAACCUGAACAUUACUCCAACAGCCCUGUCCACUAUGCCGUUGCUCUAGGUGAUCAUACAACCCUUUCACGUAUCGUAUCCUCUUUGCCCCGGCUAGCCGACCCGACUAGGAUUCACUCUGAGUCAGACUCGUUAACCCAAGAGAAGCUUUCCGAUCAAAUCUCCGCCGUACUCGAUCGGCGUGACAAUCCCAAGAGGGAGACUCCGUUACACCUAGCUGUCAGGACCAAUGACGCGUUUGCUGCACGUACACUUGCCAACGCCGGUGCUGACGUAUCGUUACAGAACGCAGAUGGAUGGAAUGCUUUGCAGGAGGCUGUGUGUCGGCGGUGUACGGACAUUGUUGCGAUACUCGUCCAGUACCAUCACGUCUCUGCCUGGUCCAAGUGGCGUCGUCGUCUUCCCCGGCUCCUUGCCGUCCUCCGACGUAUGCGUGAUUUCUAUAUGGAGAUCUCGUUUCACUUCGAGAGCUCUAUUGUUCCCUUCGUUGGGAAAAUUGCUCCCUCAGACACGUACAAGAUCUGGAAGCGAGAUGGUAAUUUACGAGCCGAUACUUCGCUUGCUGGCUACGACGGCUUGAAAAUUCAACGAGCAAAUCAGAGUUUUCUCUUCCUUGGAGAUGGUGAUCAGAGCUUAGAUAUUCCGUCUGGUUCCUUGCUCGUUCUCAAUCAUGACGACCGUAAAAUCUUCGACGCCUUUGAGAAUGCCGGAUCUCCGUUAAGCGAUACCGACAUCGCCGGAUUUUGUGCUCAAACGAGCGUUUACCGGCCGGGCAUGGACGUGACCAAGGCGGAAUUAUUUGCCCGGACUAAUUGGAGAAGGCAAGAGAAGAUCGAAAGCGUAGGAGAGUGGAAAGCUAGGGUUUACGAGAUACACAACGUACAUUUCAGUUUCCGAUCACGCAAAAUCGCCGCUGGUGAUGUCGACAUCGCCGGAAGUGAACAGAUCAUGCCACUAGAGCUCGAAGAAGACUCCGAUGAUGGAUUUCUUGUCGCCGAAAAUCCACGGUUCAGCGUCUCCGAUCGCCGGAGGCACAGUAGCUUCGUCAGCGGAGACAGAGAAGUGGUGUCGGUAUCCCGGAAAAGCGUGGACAUCAUACCAGAACGCCGUCGACGUCCACGUGCACCUCCGCCCCUUCCUAUGCCGCCGUUACCGGUGGUACAACCGCAGACGAAAGAGAAAGAGUACGUGAAGACGUUACGUCCGUCAGUUUGGUUAACGGAACACUUUCCGUUACAAACGGAAGAGCUACUGCCGUUACUGGACAUCUUAGCUAACAAAGUAAAAGCCGUUAGACGGAUGAGGGAGUUGCUGACGACCAAGUUCCCACAAGGCACGUUUCCGGUAAAGGUGGCGAUUCCGGUGGUGCCAACCGUACGAGUGUUGAUAACAUUUACCAAGUUUGUUGAGCUCCAACCACCGGAGGAACAAUUUUUUACACCCUUUUCAAGUCCACGUCAACUUUUUAGUGGUGGAGGAAACAAUGACGAUGAGGAGGAGGAGAAAGGAACGCGACGUGCUUCCGUUUCUGCUUCAUCGUCGUGGUUGUCAAGGAAUGGUAGUCGGUCUGGAACAUUGACGAAUAGGGUGCAACAAAAGACAAUGGAUCAAGUAGUAGAUCCGUUUGCCGUGCCAAUUGGGUAUGGUUGGAGUAGUUUUGACGAAAAGGGAAAGAAAAUGAAAAAAUCAAAGUCUAUGAGCAAGAAAAGCAAGUGAAUGUUACAAGAAUCCUAUGGUAUGGUGUGGUAUGGUAUGGUAUGAAUGAUGGAAUUAGUUUUUGUAAUAUCUUUGAUUCUAUAGAUC